CACGCCUUCCGUAUCAUCCAGUACACCUACAGUUCCACCUUACACCGAAGGGCCAUAUGUUUACAGGCAACGACAUGAUACACUAGCGAGUCACGGAACCUACGAGACACUACCGAGUUACCACUCCAGAAGAAGUAGCCAAACGCUCGCAGAGAUGUUGAAUGGACCCCCUCAGACACCUCGACAUGUCAGGUCUUUGCCUCCGUUGCCCCCCUUGCCGCCUUUCGCAUACAUGUCAGAGUCGAUUCUCUCGACGCAUAAUUCGUCGAGACCUGAGGCCUGAUGUCUCAACUGCGGAUGGUUAUCUUGCUCGAACUGUGACUGUGGAUGGCAGUAGUAGAUAACACCAAAGGGAUGAAAGGUCACCCUGUUCCCUCUCCCUGGCCAUAGUUCAACCAUCCGAGUGUGGCCUUGAUCAUACCAAAAGAUAACAGAUGACGGAAAAACGAGGAAGAACAUCAUGUACUUUGUGGAGAGGAUGAGGAUCACGCUUCACUCGGGAAUCUAAGAAGGAGGAUUUGUAUGAACGAGCCAAAGCGAAGCGGCGGCGAGGUUUGCCGAAGGAAAGAGCUUUGUAGUUACCUACUGCCUACACCUGUUGUACACCCGCAUCAAUGACUCAACUAUAUUAGGCUCGCGCCCCGGGCCCGAAGCCGGCCCCCCCAAAGCUCGUUGAAAACCGUUUCUCACGAUGGGAUCCUAAGGCUGUUCCGCUCACUUCCGCCUCAAGUCUUAACUAGCAUCGUUGGUUCUAACAGAAUGUCUCCUUUUGGUGUUACAGGCGCGCCUUAGGUGCGAGGACAACGCACUCAUCAACAUCUUCGUCCUUCUGUAUCCUCUCAGGACUGGGCAGCAACAAACCAUCGUUUGAUGUCCAUCGUCCUGAUCUAUCUUUCACUCCAACGAUUCAUCAGUAAGAGAUUGAUGAUCACGUCAAUGGUCUUUCAAAUGAGGUCUCCCUCUUUCUGAUUUUUCCGCCUCUUUCCUCUCCACCAUCCACGUAUGGAAUGCAACUUGAACAGGCAGCUGUUCAAGUCUGCCAAGUCUAGGAUAGUUUUUUCCGUUCUGAACACUGUGCUGCAAGUCGCAUUGCAAGUGUGUCUUAUCCCUGUAACCAGAAAAGUCUACGAAGACCUUGCGGAUGCAAGUUGUUUUCAACUGGAUGCCCUUGGUUGGUUCGACUCGUUGGUGGACAAUAUUCUCCUCAUAUCAUUGCACCUCCUUGCUCUCGCCUUGCAUAUCAUUUCAGCGAGGAAAAAUAACACUCUUUCUUUCGCUCCCCUUCUGUUAAUAUUAUUCGGCCUCUCGUUGGGGUCUAGCGUUGCGCAGCUUGCCCGCAUUAUCAACUUACAAUGCAAGGCAUGCGAUGGAAUUUGCUCGACAUCAUCAACGGCUGGAAUGGUAGUAACAACUACAUUACGGUUCUGUCUUUCCUUGACCUUUCUUACCGUUCUUAUGGCUUGGAUGACCCCAUGGCGGUCAUCGUUUAUCAAGGAUUUUGCGUGGAAAACAUACAUAUCCAUUCUAGCCUACCUUGUGGGUGGAGCUGUGUUGCUUGCUUAUAAGCAAUUCCAUGAUAGUGCAGUCUUCUGGGUCUGGGUUACUUUCACUGCAACCCUUCUCCUCGUCACUAGCAUUGGAAUGGCACUUUCACGACGUGCUCUGCGUAAAAACACUCCGCCAAUGACCAGUGCCGCGGAAAGCCCUAAGGAAGAUUCGCAUGCUGAUAUUGAUAUCCGCGUGGGCGCGUCAUCACAGACGUUGCCAUCUACCACCUACGUAUCGGUGGGUCAGAGCAGCUCGACGAGCGGGCCCCUCGAAGGCCCCAUCGCUCACUUUCAGAUAGGAGCCGCGAUAUCAAGUGAAUCAAAACUUGAAAUUCGUUCUUCUGUCCUGACCGCCUACGCGAAUUCAAAAUUAUCGACAGAGGCGUCCUCUGCGCGGUCUUCGAUUGGCGUGGAGACAUUGCACACCGCCGUUUAUUCUCGCUCAUCGAUGUCUUCGAGUUCUCUAUCGGUCGCUGCGCGUUCGCAGUCACCAGAUAGAGAGCAAACAUCCAUUAGAGUACGUGAUUCGGCUCGGCGUACAACAUUGUACACGGACAGUUCACCUCGUGCUUCAGUAGCGGAGGAAGAACCGCAGCCAUCUCGCUCGUCAGAUAGCGAACAAUUUAGUCGUGAGGGGACACCAUCGCACCGUUUCUCAGGUUCGUCAAGUUCGACUGUUAAUGUCUAUUCACCGGCUACAUGGGAUGGAGAGGAUCUUCAAUCCCAGUCAUCCGGUGAACCCGAACCAGCAGAAACGGAGGGUAUGAUCAUGACACCCUUUCCCAGUUCAUCAUCUCCCACUGCGCCUCCCACGCCUUCCGAACCAUCCAGCACACCUACAGUUCCAUCAUAUACCGAAGGGCCAUAUGCUUACAGGCGACGUCACGAUACACUCGCGAGUUACGGAACAUACGAGACGCUACCGAGUUAUCACUCCAGAAGAAGUAGCCAAACGCUCGCAGAGCUGAUGAACUUUGGACCCCCUACACCUCGGCAUGUCAGGUCGUUGCCUCCGUUGCCGCCUUUGCCGCCUUUCGCAAUGCUAUCAGCGUCGAUUUUCUCGACGCCUAAUCCAUCGAGUGCUGAGAUCUCAACGACUGAUGAUGAUCUUGCUCGAACUGUGGACGUCAGUAAUAGAUGACACCAAAAAGAUGCAAUGCAGUAUUUAUUUGUCCUCCUAUGAUAUAAUCUUGUGGGCCGCAGAUACCAGUGUCAGUUUCGACUGCACAUAUACCAUAGACUUUCCUACGAACCCUGUAUAACCCGAGCCUUGUAGCAAAUAACAACAACCACUUCAAUCCGUUUGCUCUACGUUUCACU